AUGUUUCAGAAGCCAGUGACAUUUAGGGAUGUGGUGGUGGACUUCACACGGGAGGAAUGGGGGCUUCUGGGCCCCACACAGAGGAUCCUGUACCAUGAUGUGAUGCUGAGGAACUACAGCAACUUGGGUCCCUGGUCCCUCAGCAAGCACCUGAGGACACACACGGGUGAGAAGCCAUAUGCAUGCAAUGCCUGUGGCCACGCCUUCAACCAGAGUUCCUCCCUGGCCAAGCACCAGCGAGUGCACACCAGCAAGCGGCCCUACACGUGUGGAGAAUGUGGGAAGACCUUCAGCCAGAGCUCCUACUUGACCCAGCACCUCAAGAUCCAUAGUGAUGAGAAACCGUUUACAUGCGGUGAGUACAGGAAACCCUUCGGCAAUUCUUCAGCCCUGGUCCUGCAGCAACAGGUGCACACGGGUGAGCGGCCCUACACGUGUGGAAAAUGCAGGAGGUCUUUCAUCCAGAGCACGUUCCUCACUCAGCACAAGAGGAUCCACACUGGGGAGAAGCCUUUUGUUUGUGGAGACUGUGGAAGGGCCUUUGUGCAGAGCUUCUCCCUCACCCUCCACCUCAGGACACACACCGGGGAGAAGCCCAACAAGUGCAACGAGUGUGGCAAGGCUUACAUCCAGAUGUCACACCUCACUGAGCACUACCGGGUGCACACGGGGGGAACAGCCCUAUGCGUGCCAUGCAUGCAGCAAAGCCUUCAGCCGCAGCACCAGCGCAUCCACGCGGGUGCCAAGCCCUUCAUAUGCAGCCUGUGUCAGAAAACCUCCCGUGAGGCUGCGGCCCUUGUUCUGCAUCAGAGGAUUCAUGCCAGACAGGAGCCCUUUGAGUGUCACAAAUGUGGGAAAGCCUUCAGCUAGAGCAGAUCCCUGGCCCAGCAUUGGAGAAUUCAUUCCCAGGGGAUGCCAUGUGAGUGCAGCAACUAUCAAAAAACCCUUGGCAACUGUUUGGUUCUCAUCCAUCAGUGAACUGGGGAUGUGCCAGAUGGGGUAGAGACCUUCUGUCUGUCCUUGGUGUGUUGUUCUUCAUCCAGCAGGGGGCCCUGUGAGUGGCAGGAACUGUGCAGAGCAGCCCCCUUGCACAUCAUAUACACUUCUCUCUGCAGGGUCACACGGUUGGGUGAGAAAGCGGAGUGAGCCUUCAAGAGGAACAACAGCCCCUCCCAUUCUCCAUGCUCCGGGUUCCACAGAUAUCCACCAGGUGGUAGGAGAGAUCCACAGGUAUGGAUGGUCUUCUCAGCAGGCCUGGAACAGAGCUCAUUUUGGUUUUUACCUCGGGGGAAAAAUGAAAUUUAAAAACAAAAAACUUAAAAGAUGCUUUUGUCAGUUGUUUGUGCCUUGUAUUAACUCAGGCCACAUGGUUUUAGAUCAUGUGGCUUGGUUUGGGGUUGUUUUGUUAUUUUUGUUUUUUGUUUUUUGUUUUUUUGGUUUUGUUUUGUUCCUCUGCCAAAAAGUAAGGUUUAUAAUGCUGAAAUGUGUGUGUGUCACAAAGCCCAGACCUUUAAAAAGACUUUGUGUGUCAUUCAUCAGCUUCAGCACAAAGACUUCAUUAAAAUCAGUCAA